AUGCCUCACAUGGAGAACUUCAUACAGAUGCACGGGACCCCCUACGACCAUGAAAGUGACAGUCAUUUCUUGGCUAUGAGCAGUGCUCAGCCGAGCAUGCUAGAUUUCGACUCUACCAACAUACUCACAGACUUCAUGAGCCCCCCUGAGGCCAUGAUGCAAGACCAUGCAGAGCAAUUCCUGCUGCAUGGUAAGAUGGGAAUUCCGACCCCAACCCAUAUUCCUUUGCCCAUCCAGAUUCCGGAUGGAGCCACACCCUUUCCCCUUCGAAUGGACCUGGAAAGCCCUCAUAGCCACUUGCAGUACCGGCCCCCAGCCGGCCUCUCACCGUCCAACUCUUCCACCACAAGUGGUCUGCAAGAGCCGGAUGCCGUGCUGGCCGCCCACCAUGCCUGGCCGUUUUUCCAGUGUAACCGGGUCGACAAACAAUAUUCCUUUGCUCCACCAAAGACGGCCGCCAUUUACUUGGAGGGCCUUGCUCAAACACUCCGUAACCAGGCAACUUGGGCGGCAUGGACAGCUCAGCUUGAUGAGUCUUUCCUGGACAUUGCCACCGAGCGGAAAAUUGCCACCGAACCUAUCGUAGGAUGGUCUCGCGAGAAAUUGCUCGCCAUCACUCAGAGCUUCCUACAUAAAGCGCUGGAUAUCCACAAGGCUGAUCAUGCAGCUCGAGAAGACACGCCGUCCAGUCCGGAUUCCAGCCGUGAUGCGUUCUUGAUGCUACCACCGCCGGAUGUGAUGCAGUACUUCUUGAGGAGUUACGUGGUUCGAUAUGAGCCCUACUACUCAUCAGUUCCUGCCGGCCGACUGGACCCCAAUGUUUUCAUGGGAUCAAACAACAGCAAGGCCGCAAGCCUCCUGAUCCUGCUUAUGGUCGCCUCGGGAGCUUCGGCCACAGCCACAGUCGAGGCCAGAUACAUUGCCAGUGGCUUGACAGAAGCUUGCAGAAUCUCACUCUUUGACACCAUCGAGAAGGACGUGCUCCAAGCACGGGAGACUUUGGUGCUUCGAUCUGCUCUCCUGUUCACCUGCCUCGCCGCUUGGUCGGGUGAUAAGUGGCAUAUGGACAUUGCCAUGGGUCAACGCGGCAUGUAUCUCGCUAUGUUAGCGCACUCUGGAAUGCUCGAAUUUGAUGAGUGGUCGAUCACUGUUGAAAGUCGUAGGCAGGACCCAGAACGGGCUUGGGAGGAAUGGAAGGAGCACGAAGGCAGACAUCGGCUCGCUCACUCCUGGGUGAUUGUCGACCAGGAAAUGAGCCUGUUUUCGGAUACCACUCCCUUGCUAUCCAUCGUAAACCUCCAUGCACCUAUGCCCGACUCUGACGACCUGUGGCAUGCGGAGACCGCAUUAGAAUGGCUCGAGUUGUUCGAUAAAGCACAUGGCUCGACACAUCAAAGCCCAGCGUCCGUCAGAGACUUUUUCACCAGCUUCGUUGACGGCGAUCUGGCGGGCAAGGAGCUCUCACCAACCCAGCUUCGAUUGCUGUUGCACCCUAUCCAGGCUCAAGUGUGCCAGCUACGUCAAUUCAUUGCGUGCCUACCUGACGGCGGUAACCAUGCCAAGGCAUCUCGUGCAGUGUCGAAGGCAGCAACCAAAGCUCGCCUGGAGGAGAUUUCUUCCUUGCUGCAGCAUUGGUAUUCCAUCAGCAAGCAAAGUUUCGCAGGCAAUAAAGGCACAUGUUGGACGACAUGUGCAAACCUAAUCAUGUAUCACCUAAUAUCACUCAACGCCAUCACCAGCUUCAAAGAUAUCGAGCAAUUUGCUCGCCGCGAGGUUGCUAUUGGCUCGUUCCGGUACGCAUCAUGGCUGCAGAUGCGUUGCAUAGACCAACCGGAAGAGGCCUUCUUCCAUUGCGGACAGAUACUGCGCUUGAUCCGAUCAAUGCCCCAUGCUGUGCGCCCGCCGUGGUGGGCAGGUGCAGUCUAUCGCGUGGCAUUGACAGGCUGGGCAACCAGCAUGGCGAACAGCAAUGGCCGAUUUUCGCCCACGCAUGGUCCGGCCGAGCCAGACCGGCCGUUCGCAAUUGAUGAUUUGACUCCAGAGAACGAGGCCAUCUCCAGAUAUAUGAAAUACCAAGAAGGUACUCCGAUGCUCACUCGAUCGGAUGGAUCUCUUGCCCCCAUGGAUGUCCCUUCGAAUCUACUGCAACACUGCAUUGAGGUUCUCGACGACGACUCGUCGAUGCGACUGACGGAUGGCAUCAAGCGCAAACUCCGCAUCUUCAUGGCAAGCUGGAAAGACAUGUGA